AUGAACUGGGUCUUGGUUAGUUUCGUGAUCGUGUUUGUGAAGCUUGCCCUAUCUUGUGACGAUUUUGACGUCAGGCCGGUUACUUACUCUUCAGGCGAAGCAGUUCUCUCCACUGAAACCGUAAUUUUAAUUGAAGGUGAAGCCAAAUGUAAAGAAAAAGGAUCAUCAAAUUUGUACGCCGAGUUAAAUGGAGUCCUUCAACCAGUUGCCCGUCAUAUUGAAACUGACAAUUUUCAAGUAUCGUUCGUCUUUAAUCACAAAGAUGUGCCUAAAGGAGAAUAUACUGUCCGGUUUUACAAUGAAAAAGGUGUAACGGCUUAUCUGAGAUCUUCGAGAGGUGGUUUUGUAUCCGGCGUACCUCCUGUCUUCACAGUCACCGUUCGACAUAAGGGAAUCUCAUUCAAACCUGUUGUUUAUUCCGAAACAGUGGCACUAUUAACGAUUAUGUUGAUAGCAUUUGGAGCUAUAAUUACGAAAAACAAAUUCUAG